GGUGGUGGCCAUGGAUGGUAUUCCCCGUGGUGGUGGCCAGGGUGGCAACAACACAGGAAUUGAACGGGGAGUCGCCAGGACGUACUACGCACACAGCUGUCAUCUUCAGCACUGGUUAACCAGCUCGUCCAUAUACUCACACCUUUAGCACAUCACAUCUGCUCACUUAGGCUGAAGACGAGACAAUCAUGAAUCGACGUGUGGCAUGGCUGUUACUGUUUACGUAUGGCAUACUUUUGAUUUUGGGUGGCUUUGGGAUGUGGGUAUCCAUUCAACUCGUUAAUCAUAAGUCAACAGCUACAGAUAGGCCUGACACUCGAGGUUAUGUAAAUUAUUAUCAAGAUCCACGGUUCUACUUGAUAGUUCCCUCGGGUGUCAGUAUUAUGGUUGCUGCUGUCAUAGUUAUGGCUGGCAUCUGUUCAAGAAAAAUCUUUGCAACAACAGUUGGUCUUCAUAGCUCACUGGGACUAUGGAUAGUGAUCCUUUUGACAGCAGUACAGUAUCAGGCUAUUAAUUGGAAGCCAGAUGAUCACUACUUCCUUCCAACUUUUCCAUGGGUAUUAGGCUUGCAAGUUGGUCUUCUACUCCUGCUGGCCUUACAGGUUGUCCUUGCCAUGUGGGAGUUGAGGAGGCAGGAGGCUGGCUGGCCCAACGUGUAUUUCGCCCAUUUGUUCACAGUUGAAAUACUUUUCCUUAUAGCAAGAGUAACACUGGGAGUAUUUACGGUCUUGUAUUUGAGUGCCUCUCAAAUGAUGUAUGGAUUACACAACCGCUACCCAGAAUACUAUGUUCUACCGUGCAUUGUUGCAUCACUGUUUGGUGUAAUAACUAGUAGCGAAGGCUUUCUCUCCCUUUUAUUUGGUAAAGUGCAAGGCCCAUUGAUGACUUGUAAUGCCCUAAUAUCAGCUAUUGGUUAUGCAGGCCUGGCUAUAGUUACAUCACCUGUAUUUGUUAGGGCUGUUAUUAGCCCUUACAUUAUAUAUUCAGAAGUGAUGAUCUUCUCUUCUGUAUCAAGUAUUGUGAGCUUCAUUCAUGCUAUUAUCUGCCUAGUGUUCCCUAGGGGUGUGAGAACACCACCUAAGUUUAUCAGUGCCAUUGCUAAGAAGCUGUCAGAAAUUGAGUUUUCUUCAGAUGACUUUAACAUAAGGGAAGCUUUCUCAUCAUCCUCAGCUGCAAUGUCUAAUGCGGCUGUGAUCCUGAGGAGCAAAUGUCAAGAACACAAUGCCUUAUUUUUCAACGUGAUCUCUUCUGCUGUCUCCUUCCUGGCAAUAAUACUUGCCAGUGUUGCAUUUGGUACUAUCCAAUAUGAGGGGUGGUCUCUUAUUCUUUUGUUGUGUGGAGAUGUAUCAAUCUUCUCUCGCUCCACGGCUGCAGGAGUAACAGAAAUGUUUUAUGGAGCAUUAAGUGAUGAACCUACCCUUUUGAAAUGUUUGCAAUUGAUUCUGGAAGAGAGUCUCCUUCUCUGUGGUGUCAUUGGAUCUUUCUGCUCUGGCCAUUCUUUAGCUAUUGCUUCUGGUGUUGUCAGCCUUACCUUAGCGCUAUUCCAGAUCUAUAGGAUGGUAGUACACUUCACCAAAGAGAAUACAAUCAUCUCAACAUUUGCUGUAGCAAGCACAGGGCCAGAGGACACCAAACCACUUCACCAGGCAGACCCUGAGACAGCACAGGAUCUCAGCGAUGACAAACACCCUUAUGAACCUUCAUCUUGUGCUUAAGGCACCAUUCAUAUGAAUUUAUAUCUUUAUGCCUGUGCAAAAUGUAAGGAUAAUGAUCCUGUGUUGUCAAGGAACAAAUGGUAAUUUGUUGUAUUAGUUUUAGAUCUGGGGUGCACAACCUUUUGUCACCAAAUAUUAAUGGGUGAAAAUUAGUUAUUCAGUGUAUUGUGUCAACUAUGUAAAGCUAAUGAUAGUUUUCCACCAUCACAAUUCAUUUUUAACAUAAUUUUUUGAAAUAAGACACUGAGGGAGGUAACCGAGCCCCUCAAGGGCAGCAUGUUGCCUGUUUACCACAGGUUCUGCAUUUGUUUUAGUUUGUUAUAUAUUCUAGGUGUAUUGGAAUUCAUACGCAUUUUUGUUCUUGCAGGAAACGCUGAACUAGCUCAGUAAAUCCAUAUUAUUAUUAUUAUUAUUAUUAUUAUUAUUAUAAUCAAAGGAGAAGCGCUAAACCCAGAGGAUUAUACAGCGCCUGGGGGGGAUGUGGAAGGCAUUUGGGGAACUGGAGCACAGAUCCAAUUCCCUAAAUCAAGAGCCCCUCACCAACAUAGUAAAUCCAUAGCAUCUGUUUUUUUUUUUUAAAGACACUUAUUUAUAUGCUGAGAUUUUUUCCUACAUUUACAUAUUUUUGUUUGCUCACAUAGCAAUUACCAUGUCAACAAUAUCUGUGAAUUUGGCUUUGUGGUGAUGGAUGGAUAUUAAACAUAUGAAAGAUCUGCAAAUGCUUAAUUUACUGCUGCAUUUAAACUAGUCUAUAGUUAAGGAGAGGGAUGUUCUUGUCUAAUGUGAAAUAAACUUUUGUAAAAAUUACUGAAUUUGAAAAGAAUGAACAUGAUUUGUCUAUACUAAUUAGUUGAUAUAAACCUUGGUAAUUGAUACAGACAAAUUGGUUUAAUAAGACCCUUGAGCAAUCAGUAGGACAUAUUUAUUAGACAAUGCAUCAGUCCUAGGACCUUGAUCACUUCUAACACAUUAAAAUAACAGUAUAUAUAGUUGCUUGAAAUUCUCUGCUAGUAUGAUAUUCAGUAGAGCUUAAUAUUUUCUAUGUAUGCUCUGUAUUUCAGGCUUGAUAAUGUGAUAUUUUUCUAGCUUUUUAAUGUGUAAAAUUUAUAUGUAAAUUUUUAUAAAGGGCUUUAAAUAAAACUUUUAAAAGUC